AUUCCAGUAACCCCGCGCUACCCACACCACCGCCUCUCUCUUGUCGGAAGACGCAAGCCCAAGGGGCGGCUCACUUCGUGCCGCGCGCCGGGACCACGGCCGCCGGGUGGUCCCCUGGCCCCGCCCCCUCCCACCUGGGCGCCCCGCCCCGCCCCGCCCCGCCCCGCCCCGCCCCGCCCCGCCCCGCCCCGCCGCCGACUCCGCGCCGCGCUCGGGCGCCGAGUCUGCGCGCUGACGUCCGACGCUCCAGGUACUUUCCCCACGGCCGACCAGGCUUGGCGUGGGGGCGGGGCGCGGCGCGCAGCGCGCAUGCGCCGCAGCGCCAGCGCUCUCCCCGGAUCGUGCGGGGCCUGAGCCUCUCCGCCGGCGCAGGCUCUGCUCGCGCCAGCUCGCUCCCGCAGCCAUGCCCACCACCAUCGAGCGGGAGUUCGAAGAGUUGGAUACUCAGCGUCGCUGGCAGCCGCUGUACUUGGAAAUUCGAAAUGAGUCCCAUGACUAUCCUCAUAGAGUGGCCAAGUUUCCAGAAAACAGAAAUCGAAACAGAUACAGAGAUGUAAGCCCAUAUGAUCACAGUCGUGUUAAACUGCAAAAUGCUGAGAAUGAUUAUAUUAAUGCCAGUUUAGUUGACAUAGAAGAGGCACAAAGGAGUUACAUCUUAACACAGGGUCCACUUCCUAACACAUGCUGCCAUUUCUGGCUUAUGGUUUGGCAGCAGAAGACCAAAGCAGUUGUCAUGCUGAACCGCAUUGUGGAGAAAGAAUCGGUUAAAUGUGCACAGUACUGGCCAACAGAUGACCAAGAGAUGCUGUUUAAAGAAACAGGAUUCAGUGUGAAGCUCUUGUCAGAAGAUGUGAAGUCGUAUUAUACAGUACAUCUACUACAAUUAGAAAAUAUCAAUAGUGGUGAAACCAGAACAAUAUCUCACUUUCAUUAUACUACCUGGCCAGAUUUUGGAGUCCCUGAAUCACCAGCUUCAUUUCUCAAUUUCUUGUUUAAAGUGAGAGAAUCUGGCUCCUUGAACCCUGACCAUGGGCCUGCGGUGAUCCACUGUAGCGCAGGCAUUGGGCGCUCUGGCACCUUCUCUCUGGUAGACACUUGUCUUGUUUUGAUGGAAAAAGGAGAUGAUAUUAACAUUAAACAAGUGUUACUGAACAUGAGAAAAUACCGAAUGGGUCUUAUUCAGACCCCAGAUCAACUGAGAUUCUCAUACAUGGCUAUAAUAGAAGGAGCAAAAUGUAUAAAGGGAGAUUCUAGUAUACAGAAACGAUGGAAAGAACUUUCUAAGGAAGACUUAUCUCCUGCCUUUGAUCAUUCACCAAACAAAAUAAUAACUGAAAAAUACAAUGGGAACAGAAUAGGUCUAGAAGAAGAAAAACUGACAGGUGACCGAUAUACAGGACUUUCCUCUAAAAUGCAAGAUACAAUGGAGGAGAACAGUGAGAGUGCUCUACGGAAACGUAUUCGAGAGGACAGAAAGGCCACCACAGCUCAGAAGGUGCAGCAGAUGAAACAGAGGCUAAAUGAGAAUGAACGAAAAAGAAAAAGGUGGUUAUAUUGGCAACCUAUUCUCACUAAGAUGGGGUUUAUGUCAGUCAUUUUGGUUGGCGCUUUUGUUGGCUGGACACUGUUUUUUCAGCAAAAUGCCCUAUAAACAAUUAAUUUUGCCCAGCAAGCUUCUGCACUAGUAACUGACAGUGCUACAUUAAUCAUAGGGGUUUGUCUGCAGCAAACGCCUCAUAUCCCAAAAACGGUGCAGUAGAAUAGACAUCAACCAGAUAAGUGAUAUUUACAGUCACAAGCCCAACAUCUCAGGACUCUUGACUGCAGGUUCCUCUGAACCCCAAACUGUAAAUGGCUGUCUAAAAUAAAGACAUUCAUGUUUGUUAAAAACUGGUAAAUUUUGCAACUGUAUUCAUACAUGUCAAACACAGUAUUUCACCUGACCAACACUGAGAAAUCCUUUAUCACAGGAUUUGUUUUUGGAGGCUAUCUGGAUUUUAACCUGCACUUGAUAUAAGCAAUAAAUAUUGUGGUUUUAUCUACG